CAUGAUGUCUCAAAAAAAUAAUACCAAAAGAAAUAAUACUAAUAUAAUGGAAAGGAUGGAAAGGAAGCGUUCAAAAGAGUUUAUGUCCUCGUCUAGUUUUUCCGGUAUGUCACAGUUAAACAAUAGCAGUGAGGAAACAUUGGAAGCCUUUGUAUAUAAAUCUCAUAGAUCUGAUAAUUUAGAAAACACAUCAAAUACAAGAAAUACACAAAACAAUGAAUGGUUAUUGAACGGAUCAAAUGGAAAGAAGCCACCUGUAUUAUGUUUUAAAUGUUCCGCUUUAGCCACACCGCCAGAAGAUCCACCUGCGAAACAGCUGCACAUGACUUAUAAGAUAUUUCAAACAGAUACGAAACUUAUCAAUCUUCUAUUGCAAUCACAUGGUUUAAUAGAGGUAUCUAUGAAUGAUAUGGAUUUUAAUAUAUUAUGGAUGGGAAACCAUCCUAAGCCAGAUAUUUUGCGGAAUUUACUGCCUUAUCAAAAAGUGAAUCAUUUUCCUAGGUCUUAUGAAAUUACCCGUAAGGAUCGUCUUUACAAAAAUAUUGAAGCUAUGCAGAGGAGUAAAGGCCUUCGAAAUCUUGAUUUCAUACCUCAGACAUUCCUACUGCCUACUGAAGCCAAAGAAUUGAUUUCAGCGCACUUUAGAUAUAGAGGACCAUGGAUUGUUAAGCCUAAAGCCAGUUCACGAGGUCGUGGUAUUUACAUUGUUAAUAAUCCUGAGAAGAUCCUGACAGAUGAAUCAGUUAUCGUGGCACAAUACAUAAAUAAUCCGCUUUUAGUUGAUGGACACAAGUGUGAUUUGCGUCUCUACGUAGCUGUUACAAAUUACGACCCUCUACUAAUUUAUUUGUACGAGGAAGGUUUAGUGAGAUUUGCAGCUGUUAAAUAUGAUGGCAGAAACCAGUACAUCUGGAAUCCUUGCAUGCAUCUUUGCAACUACAGUAUAAAUAAAUUUCACGUGGAUUAUGUAAAGAGUGAGGAUCCUGAUGCUGAAAAUGUAGGACACAAAUGGACAUUAUCGGCAUUGCUCAGACAUUUGCGUUCAAUGGGUCAAGACACAGAAUCGCUAAUGCAGCGAAUAGAAGAUAUCAUUAUAAAGUCAAUCCUUGCUACUGCAUCUGGAAUUGUCAGUGGUGUAAAGCAAUUUGUGAAACAUCCUGAUACAUGUUUUGAACUAUUUGGCUUUGAUAUACUAAUCGAUGAUACGCUGAAGCCAUGGUUACUGGAAGUAAAUUUAACUCCUUCAUUGGGAUGCGAUUCACCAUUAGAUAUUAGACUUAAAUCAGCUUUAAUAGCAGAUUUGUUUACUCUUGUUGGUAUACCUGCUAUUGAUCCAAUUCUACGUUCUCAAAAUUUAAAUCGUGCUGCUAUUAGUCCCAAUAAAAAGAUUAGUUAUAGACGAGUGCAAUCUGCAGAAAUAUUAACGCAAGAAAAAAAAAAUGUUAAUAAGAGUAAUAAAAAUAAAGGUCUAAGCUCGGAGCAACAACGAAUAGUAGCGUCUGCAAAAGCACAAUUUGAAAGAAGAGGUGGAUUUGUUAGAAUAUUUCCAAGUCCAAAAUCUUGGGAACUUUAUUCGCAAUACUUGGAUCCAAUUACAGGUACACCAGUGAUAUCGGAUCCAUUUGGCCCAAAUAGAUUAUCACAACGUGUUAAUGUAAAUCAUAAUCUAAUGUUACAUGAACAAUUGUUUCCUGUUGCCAAUCGUAAUAUUGGUUACAUUAUUCCAGAGAUAACAUUAGAUAGAUUAUCUAGGUAUGUACUAUCAAUACCUAUUUUAUGUUUAUAAUAGCAUUUUUGGUAA